UUUGAAGUUGUGCCAUGAUUUGCAGCAGGGCCUGCGGGGGUGGACAAUAGAUCUCAAGCAAAUAAACCCAAAAAGAAAAAGACAUUUUCUGAGGAGUGACCGGCGGCUGCAUUCGGCGGUAGGGAAAGCGAAGGAGAGAGCUUGCUGUUCCCCGUUGCUGCUUCGGUGCUAGCUGGAGGAAAUACAAUCGCGUGCAAAGAGAGGGCGAGCCACGGGACUUGAGAUCUGAGCUCGAACUGAGAGCGGAAGAGAAGGUGGAGGAGAUUGGGUUCUCUUCCAUCUUUCGGUUAUUGAUAAGGAACCAGAGAAAUCUGGUUCUAGGCGGAGUUACUGUUGCCAUCGUUUCCCUCAGCAUUUGGUCCUGCGUGUGAGCGACUGAUGAACUGACUGGCUAAUUGAAGUCCAAGUAGUUGACAAUCUGAAUAUGGAAAAGGGAUCUACCGACUGUCCGUAUCCGGGAUGCUUUUUCUGUGUGAUGAAGGAAGGAAAUCCAAGUAAGCGCAGAGCUAGUAUACUGAAGUUUUUCAGAGAACUUCCUGCACAAGAUGAUGAUGGCCAGGUGCUCCCUAUUAGUGGCCUUUGGAACACUGCGAUGGCACAUCCAAAUGACCCAGAGUUCAUCGAGUUGGGGAUCUUUGAAUGCAUGGCUGCACUUAUUUGGAAGGGAUUGAAAAAUCGUCGUUGGCUUUCUCAUGAUCAGAACAUUUACAUUCCCUAUUAUGCUGCUCACAUUAUCGGAUCCUAUACCAUGAACAUGGAGGAAUUUUCAGAGAGUGCCGUCCACGCUGGGGUUAUUCCUCCCUUAGUUGAGCUCCUUAGGGGAAGAUUGACUUGGGUUGAGCAAAGAGUGGCAGUACGAGCUUUAGGGCACUUGGCUACAUAUUCAAGCACUUUUCCUUCCAUAGCAAGUCAAGGGGAAAUUCUUGAACUGUCAAUUCAACUUGCAAUGAGUUCGUUGGAAAUAGUUUACUCACACUUUUACCAAUAUGUUGAUAGAAGGCUUAGUUAUCACUGCGAUUUGCUUACUCGUGGAAUGGGUGGUGUAGAAAUGGAAUCCAGAAAAGCUGAGGAAUGGGCUAGUCAAUUGCAGUGUUGGUCACUUCAGCUUAUUAAUUCUUUUGCUUUCAAAGCUGAGUUUCUCCCGACUAUAUGCAAGCCUGAAUUCCUUGUGAAACUCCCUGGGAUGUGGGGUGGACUUGUCAAUGAAAACUCUCCUGCUGGAAUUGGCUUGUUGAGAACGAUUUGCCAUCAUAAGCUUGGUAGGGGACCUGUUGCCAGCUGUCCUAGUAUUAUUGAGGCACUGUGCAAUAUUGCUCGCUCGUCAGAUGAUUGGCAGUAUAUGGCUAUAGAAUGUCUCCUGUGGUUGCUCCAGGACCCAAGUACAUGCCAUAAGAUAAUAGACAAGGCAGUGCCUGCACUUGUAGACCUUGCCGACAUCACUGCCCUGGGAGACCACAAAAAGCUGGGGGAUUCCAUUGUCAAUGUUCUUCAAGAAUGUCUCCAACAAUCACAUGGGACUGGGGUUUCUUCGAUGAGCAGCCGGACCAAAGAAGCGAUAGAGGAACUACUCAAGUGCAAGCAAAGACUGAAAUGGGAAAAAACCAUACCAAAGGAGGACCUCCAUAUCAAGCAGGCAGCAGGAUUGGUCGUAAAGCUGGAGGGGAACUCCCUGUUCUCAUCAGGAAACAUAAGUGGAGCAGCUUCAAAGUAUUCUGAAGCAUUGGCAUUGUGUCCAGUCAGGUCCAAAAGGGAGAGAGUUGUUCUGUACAGCAAUCGAGCCCAGUGCCAUCUCUUGCUGCAACAGCCAUUGGCUGCAAUAAGUGAUGCCACACGUGCACUUUGUCUUCACAGCCCUCUAAACCGUCAUGCCAAAUCCCUUUGGAGAAGGGCUCAGGCAUAUGAUAUGUUGGGGUUGGGGAAAGAGAGCUUGUUGGAUGCCAUUCUCUUCAUCAAUGAAUGCUCUCAGUCGAAUGAUCCGGAUCUCUGUUUGAGGCAGAACAAAGUUCCCGACUAUGCAGAACGACUGGUGAAGAAGCAGAUGCGUGCUGCAUGGCUGUUUAGGGAGGCAGCUGUCAAGCAUGGUGGGGUCCAUUGUGAGGGAGAUGGUAGUGGUGGAGGGAUGUAUGGGGGUGAGAGUGAUGACUCAGAGUGGGAGACAGCGAGUGGAAGUGAUGAUGGUGGAAUACAGGAUGAAAUGGGUGGUGGGGGUGAUCAUGAUGAUGGCGACGACGACGAUGAUGAUGGUGAAUGGAGAAAUGAAGACGAGAAAAAUAGCAAAUAUGAUAAGCCGUCACUGAAAGGUGGGAGAGGAUGAAGGGAAGGCAUCACAACUUGCAGAAAUCCCUCUUCCUUAUGCUCGUGGACAGUGAAGAAUUCCGCGAUGGUUUCAACAGAGUAGCAUGUGUGUUUUUGUUACAAAGUAAGAUCCGACUUUGUUUCUGUAAGUGUGUCUGAUUGCCUUCAAAUUUCCGUUCUUGUUGUUUUGUCCAAAAAAGGGGGGGAAUAUCUUGCUUUUCCUUUGCGAUUCCAACUGUAUUCGAGUGUAAAGAAAAGGAACAGGUACGGGCAAGAAGAUGAGGAAUGGAGCAUUUUGUGUGAUUUUGUGUACAUACAAAACAGUAAUUUGCUUGCCAGUUUGCAAGGCUGUGUUUGAUUUUUGAUAAUUAGCCCCAUGUAGGGGUGUGCAACGGU